AUGUCGGACAGCUUGAUCAGGCCCCGUCCCAGGCGACAAUGCUGCGCCCUUCUCUUUGGAGUGGGCCUCGUCUUCUUAGUGAUAUACGUGAUAACAGUCAGCUCACCGUCCACCAUCCUCUUCCGUUCCUUUUCUAGCUUCAACAGUUCCAGUGUUCGGACUCCCUCAGUAGGUUUGCACAGAGAAUAUGAUGUUUGGCCCCCCUUUGCUGUCCAGUUGAUAAGUCAUACCUGGUUCAAAAAAGCCUGCAUUGUCAAGGGGGAAUUUAGUAUAUCUGGGAUACCUGAUGUUUUAGCCAGCUGGGCUGCUACAGAGAACCCUGACUGCAAGAUUUUAUAUAACAAAUUUACAGCCAUCUACACAGUUGAGAAACGUGUGGGCAGCGUAAAAAUUCCAGAUACCUUUCAGAGUCAAGUGAAAGCAUGGCUGGGCAAUAAAGAUGAUCUGUAUCAGGAAUUGUUUCAUCAGAACAUAAUUCAUAUACUCAACAUGUACACUAGGGAGACCACAGUAUUCAACCCACUGCGAGACAAACGGCCAGUCACCAAACCAAAGGAAUCAGAGGAAGAUUAUUUAGAAAGAAUAACAAAGGAAUCAGCUCUUAGCUGUGAUUUUUGCAAGUACACAAAUUUUACUGCUGAGCAUGACUUUGGCCGAGUUGAAUCGAAACUGUCUUUCUCAGCCUCUAAUAUUUUUAAGCUGGACCGCCUACAUGCUGUGAUCACGAUCAAGGAUCAUGACCCUGUGAACUGGAGUUAUGAACAAUACAUGGAUAUGAUGCACACAACUCUUGUCUGGCUAAGAAAGGCAUUUACCCAUGAACCCAGUGCUAUAUAUCCAGCAAUCAUCUGGGACUUGUUGCCAAAGUCCGGUUCCAGCCAGCUCCAUCCGCACAACCAAGUGUUCCUUAGUCCAAAUCGUUAUCAGGGUAUGGUUGAGACAUGGAGAAGGGCAGGACAAGAUUAUUUUUCUGAUCUCCACAGCAACUAUUUUACUGACUUGAUCACCUUGUAUUCAGCACUUGGGCUGGCUGUACAGUUCAAAUCUGCAGUGGCCCUAGCCAGCUUGACUCCAAGAAAAGACAACGAGGUUGUGAUUAUAGCCCCAGAGGCAGACGAUGACUUUUUCCAGCUCAUAUACUAUGUUUUACGUGCUUUCAUGGAUGAUCUGAAAAAGUAUUCAUUCUCAUUAGGAGGUGGCUUUCCUCCCAUGGAAUCAUCUGCCCAAGCAGGAAGACUGCCAGCUUUUGUUCGAAUAAUAACACGAGGUGUUAUGACUGAGAUUCGAACUGACAUUAGUGCCCUUGAGUUAUUUACUGCCACCAAUGUGAACAUAGAUCCAUACAAGGUUGUGCAAGUCAUCAAAGAUUCUGUAAAGAAAAGGGCACCAAGACCAUAG